AUGUCAGCAAUUUGUAGAGGAAGGUCUGAUUCAAGAGCCUGUAAUGAAAAUUUUCCCAACUCCCACAUUGUUCUGCCUGAUAAAACCACAGUAAAGAAUAGUGUGGGAAAAUGUAUUCGACCUAAUGUAUAUGAAUGUAAACAGGAAGGGUUUUAUUCAGCUGGUUCAUUUUGUAAUAUCUGUUCACCUAUUAAAAAUUGUGAUCUAGAAUAUCGUACAACUAAAAGUGACCAGAGAUGUCGGAGAUGUGAAGGAUUGGUAGCAGAUAUUUCGUGGUAUCGAGCUUAUAUCAUAUCGACGGAUAAACGAUUUUGUAAAAAGUCGUGUUCAUGGAGACCAGACAGUAGAUGUUAUCCUGGUACAUGUCGAGAUGAGCUGUUUUCAAAUUGUUAUUGUUCUGUUGGAUUUAGUGGAACCCAUUGCAAUAGAAUUACUGCUAUACCUGAUAUUCUAUACAAUCAAGUGACAUUAACUGCUUAUAAUGGUGAAACUGUUGAUGCUCCUGAUGGCCGAAAUGGAGUCAAAACACAGACCGUCAGUUGUACCACCAUCAGGAAAGAUAAUCCUAAUCAAGGUUUAUUGGAUUGUACUAAAACCAUAAAACGUACAUUCCCGGUUCCCUUCCAACAUCUAGAACAACUGUCUUUCAAAAUAACAACAACUAUUGGAGGAUUUGUGAAGAUAAAAAAUUUAGAAAGAAAUGUCUACAACACCUACUACUACACACCAAACUCAAUGUCACGUGCAUUUGAGAUUAAAUUUGACAAUGUACCACCGUACCAUUGUCAACCUGUCGACAAUUGUAAACUUACCAUGUUAACUGAUAUUGACAUAACUAAGAAGGUAGAAAAUACGGUUUAUUGGGACGGUUGGAUUGGCGAAGAUUCUGGUAUAGCUAAAUAUGAAUUAGAAAUAUUCAGCAUGAAGUCGGUAGGAAAUGAACUAAUUAUAGACAAACGAAUAUUCGACACGGAAACUACAUUGAAGAGCCAACAAUUUAAUUUAACAAUACCAGGUGUAUAUUCUGUUAUACUUGCUGCAGUAGAUAAAGCUGGUAAUAUUAGACUUGCUAGACGAUGUUUGAUAUUCGAUGAUAACAGUGAGGUAUCAACUGUUCAUAAUACUAAUUUAAAAACCAGGUCAGCAUCACCUUCUACUAACUACCUUUGGCAACAAAAUCAUGGUCCUGUUACUAUUGACUGGGAAAAUAGAUAUAUUAAUACUAAACACCAUAAUGGUAAAUAUCUAGCUGGAAUCCAGGAUUAUCAUGGUCUAGAUCCAGAAUAUGAUGAUCAUUAUGGAAUAAGAACAACGAAACACAUUGAUAAUGUUCAAGAUGACCAAGGAGGUUCUACCAUUCAACCAACAGAUACUGAUUUUACUACUACUGGUAAUCUGAACCAAUCUAUAACAAUUUCUCCUACAUUACAAGAUGGCGACACUGUUAAAUUUUAUAUAAGAGCUUAUGAUAUAGUAGAUUUCUACCUGGAAGAAUCCACCACAGUUUAUUUUGAUAUGUCUCCACCUGUUAUAAAAGAUCUAUGGUUAACUAAAGGAGAUAAAGUAGAUUUAGCUGUACAUGGAUUUCAAGAUUUCGAUAAACUUGUAAUAGAAUGGAUAGCUUAUGAUCUACACAGUGGAUUAGAAACAGUGGAGUGGAAACUUUAUGAUAAUUUUACUGGUGAUGUUAUAUUACAGGGUUCACAACAUAUACCAGAACAAGGCGAAGCACAGACUCGUAAAGAAUGUAAAGAGAAGUAUCAAAAUUCAUCCCGAGGAUCUUGUCAUUGUUAUUGUACACCUGCUUUUGGUUGUUAUCUUCAACAUUUUCAAGUUAAACCUGGUGUAUCAUUAGAUAAAGGGACUGGAUUAAUUGACGGAAAACAUCAAGGUGUACAUGAUUAUGAUUAUUAUAUUGAAAUCACCAUUGAUACAAGUCCACCACAUGUUGGUGUUGUACAUGAUGGUAGAUAUGAUGAACCGGAAGUAGAUUACCAACCAGACAGAAUUCUACAGGCACAUUGGGAAGGAUUUUCUGAUAAAGAAAGUGGUGUGAGAUAUUAUCACUAUGGUUUUUCUACUGGAUGUUUAACUGCUGAAGACUUUCAUUUUGAAAUCCAGAACACUCCAGAUAUACAUGAAUCAUCAGUAACCCAUGCUACCUGGGUAGCACCUACAGAUGGACAGUAUUAUAUCACAGUUGUAGCCUAUAACGCAGCUAUACAACCCUCUCAACCUGUAUGUUCUGAUGGUGUUGUAAUAGAUUCAACACAACCUUAG